UCGUUUCGUUGUGUGUAGGUAAUCGGUUGCCCGCAGCAGGAAAUUAUCAAAAAUGACUGAAACUCUGAAGCUCAGAGGCACUCUUUGCGGCCACAAUGGAUGGGUUACGCAAAUUGCGACGAAUCCCAAAUAUCCUGAUAUGAUUUUGUCUUCUUCUCGAGACAAGACCUUGAUCGUAUGGAAGUUGAUAAGAGACGAGAUGAACUAUGGUGUACCUCAAAAGCGUCUAUAUGGCCACUCUCACUUCAUCUCUGACGUGGUUCUCUCUAGUGAUGGAAACUACGCUUUGUCUGGCUCGUGGGAUAAGACCCUGCGUCUUUGGGAUCUUGCCGCCGGAAAAACCACCAGGCGUUUUGAAGACCAUACUAAGGAUGUCCUCUCGGUUGCCUUCUCUGUUGACAAUCGUCAGAUUGUGUCUGGUUCCCGAGACAAGACCAUCAAGCUGUGGAAUACUCUGGCUGAGUGCAAAUACACCAUCCAGGAUGAUGGACACUCUGACUGGGUGUCCUGUGUCCGCUUUUCUCCUAACCAUGCCAACCCAAUCAUUGUUUCAUGUGGAUGGGACCGUACAGUCAAGGUCUGGCACUUGACCAACUGCAAGCUUAAGAUCAACCAUCUUGGUCAUUCUGGUUACUUGAAUACUGUCACUGUUUCCCCUGAUGGUUCCCUUUGUGCUUCUGGAGGCAAGGACAUGAAAGCUAUGCUGUGGGACCUAAAUGAUGGCAAGCACCUGCACACCCUAGACCACAAUGAUAUCAUCACGGCUCUCUGCUUCUCACCCAACAGAUAUUGGCUGUGUGCUGCAUUUGGACCUUCCAUCAAAAUCUGGGAUCUUGAAAGCAAGGAAAUGGUUGAAGAACUCAGACCGGAGAUCAUAAACCAACUACAAAAUUCCAAAUCUGACCCUCCUCAAUGCCUAUCCCUUGCUUGGUCUACAGAUGGCCAGACCCUCUUUGCUGGGUACUCUGACAACAUCAUUAGAGUUUGGCAGGUAUCAGUCUCAGCGCGAUAAGGUGUAUUGGAAUAGGGAUUUCAUUUAUUUUUGUGCUAUUUACAUAAGAAUUUGUAUAUGACAGGAGGAUAAAAAUAAAUGAAAUUGUUUAUGCAUAAGU